AUGUCUCCACCUCGGUGUAUUCGCGACGUGCAGAGGCUUACGAGGCGGUUGGCAGCCCUGAACCGAUUUCUGUCACAGUCAGCCUCCAAGGCAUUACCCUUCUUCAAGAUUCUCAAGAAGGCCGACAGCUUCUCCUGGACUGCGAAAUGUCAACAGGCCAUUGAGCAACUAAAAGGAUACCUUCAUCACCUCCCAACACUCACUUCGCCUCUGCCAGGGGACAAGCUGUUCUUGUACCUGUCUGCUGCUGCCGAGACAGUAAGCGCAGUGCUGAUAAGGGAGGAGGGGAUACAGAUGCCAGUCUAUUAUGUCAGUCGAGUCCUCCGGGGUCCGGAAACCUGGUAUACCCAGGCGAAGAAACUCGUGCUGGCUUUGAUCCACGCAGCUCGCAGGCUCAAACCCUACUUUUUAGCUCACCACAUCUGUCUGAGGACCGACCAACCCCUCAGACAAGUCUUAUCCCGGCUAGAGGCUUCCGGGCGCCUCACUAAAUGGGCCAUCGAAUUGAGGGAGUACGACUUGUCUUAUGAAUCUCGUACAGCAAUCAAGGCUCAGGCUCUCGCGAACUUCUUAGCCGAGCUCACUUUUGAUGAGGCAAAUGAGAAUAUCUCGGCUAAAACCCCGACCACGGCCGAACCUCAACGGUGGAUCCUGCAUGUGGAUGGCUCGUCUAACAGCGAGGGUAGUGGAGCAGGUUUGCUCCUCGAAAACCUCCAGGGAGAGGUGUGCUCAUAUGCCUUAAGGUUUGACUUCGCUGCUUCCAAUAACGAAGCCGAAUACGAGGCAGUCAUUAUCGUACUCCAGCUAGCCCGCAAGCUCGGCGUCGGGCACAUCUUGGUUUACAGUGACUCCCAACUCGUUGUGUGCCAGAUAUUGGGUGAAUAUGAGGCCAGAGAGGAGGUCAUGCAUCGCUACCUCUCCAAGGUCCACCAGUUGAUCGCACACUUCGAGUCUUUUGAAAUUCAAAAGAUACCACGAUCUCAGAACAAACGAGCUGACGCCCUCUCUCGACUCGCCUCCACCUCAUUCUCUGACUUGAACAGGUCGGUACUUGUGGAAGUCUUAGCCGAACCGGGGUACAUAGAAGAAGUAGUGUGCCCCGUUUACCCCGGUGACACUUGGAUGGGCCCCUUGAUCCGAUUUCUCAGUCGGGGGGAGCUCCCUGAUGACCGAGCUGAAUCAAGAAAGCUUCAGCGCAAAGUAGCUAGGUAUGCCCUUCGACAAAAUCUGUUGUACAAAAGGUCCUACCUCGCCCCGUGA